AGAGAGUGUCCCCAGCCAUCUGUCCCUGAGCCUGCAAACUUUGAAGAAGACCCUUUCAAGCUCCUUGGAAGAAAAUUCAGCACCAUGGCCCCCAAAAAAAUAGAACCCAAGAAGGAGGCAGCUAAGCCUGCUCCUCCUCCUCCUCCCCCAGAGCCUGAACCCCCCAAGGAGCCAGCCUUUGACCCCAAGAGUAUAACUAUUGAAUACACCCCAGAUCAAAUUGAAGAGUUCAAAGAGGCUUUCACUCUCUUUGAUAGAACCCCCACUGGUGAGAUGAAAAUCACGUAUGGGCAAUGUGGAGAUGUAAUGCGUGCUCUGGGACAAAAUCCAACAAAUGCAGAGGUUAUGAAAGUAUUGGGAAGGCCCAAGCCAGAAGAAAUGAACACAAAAAUGCUUGAUUUUGAAACCUUCCUGCCCAUGCUACAGCACAUCUCUAGGUCCAAGGAUCAAGGAAGCUUUGAGGAUUUUGUAGAAGGGCUUCGAGUCUUUGACAAGGAAGGCAAUGGCACAGUAAUGGGUGCUGAACUUCGCCAUGUCCUUGCUACUCUAGGUGAGAAGAUGACUGAAGAUGAGGUGGAGCAGCUUAUGGCUGGACAAGAAGAUGCCAAUGGCUGCAUUAAUUAUGAAGCUUUUAUCAAACACAUUAUGUCUGGAUGAAUUAACUAUUUCUUAUGAUUCCAAGGAAGUGUUUCAUUCCCAUCCCGACAGACAAAGAGACUGAGUUACAGAUGGCAUCUCUGCUACCUUCUGUGAGACUUGCACCUUGAUUAUGUUUACAGCCAGUGUUGAAAAAGAUACUGAGAAUUGAACAAGAAACAUCAAAGUUACCAUAAACAUUUUUUCUUCAGUUGCUAACUAUCUUUCCUGCAUAUAAAGUCACUCCAGUGGAGAAUUUAUUUUUAUUGUGUUUUCUAAUUUAUUUGCAGAUCUACCUAUUAAAUUUCUAACAAAAGCAAUUGGCUCAUUUCUGAGUAAUACUGUCAAAUUUGAACUUUUAAAGGAAAUUGAUUUUUUAAGAACUGGUCUUGAUUGCUUUCACACAUAGGCAGAGCAUAGUUUUCAGGAGGUAUUAUCAAUGUUUUAUCUUUCUGGAAACUUUAGUAUGCACUCCCACCUAACUUCUAUCACUUGCAUUACAAUCACUGGACUAAUCUCUGAUUCAGGCUUAGAGUUAUCAUGGUUCAGUUCAUCACUGCACUGUAUCUCUGGAUUUCUCUUAUUUGAGGUAAUGUUUUAAUAAAUUUGAUAUAGAGUAUAAA